AUUGAUAUCGACUCCGACAUCCACUCUGCCAACCCCCUCGCGCGCCGCCAUGACCGCAUCCCCGUUAAGCCUUUCUUCGACUCCGCCGACUCCAUCGUCAAGGCCUCUGCCGCUGCCUCCAUCGGCUUCAUCAUUCCUUCUGACGACGCCAUCACUGCUUCCGAUGCCUGCGCACUCGACGACCCCGACGCCACCGCCUGGUUCAUCCCCAACCCUAACUUUAGGGCAAAAAUCAUGGACGCCCUUGACAUCAAGUCCAAGGAGAUCUUCUACUCAGAAAUGGACCCCUUCCUCGACUUCGAUUACUCAAACUUUUUCCACAACAACAGCUCCGGAAACGACAAUGUCGUUCCAGUUCAAACCAAACCUUCCCUCGCUCCUUCUAUCAUCGAUAACCACCAACUAUCAGAAAGUUGUUUCAACAUCGAUUGUUGCCGCACCAAACUCUCCUCCAUUAAUUACCCAUCCCAGUCUCUCAGCCAAAGCGUGAGUACUACCACACAGUAACGAAUUUGAAAUAUUAUGUAUAAAUUUUUGGUCUUCCAGUGAAUUGACUUGAGAAUUAAAUUA